AUGGCGGCGGCCAAUCUCGAAAUGUGGCAGCGCGCAUCGCCGCCGCCAGCAAAGUCCACGGAAGUGCCUCGAAAAACUAUUUCCGAAAAUCGCGAUUCGCUCGGCCCACCCGCCGCUCGCUCGGAUGCAAUGCCGGCCGCUCAAGCCCGAGCUCUGCUGUCACCCUCGUCUGCGCCCGGCUCUCCUCGCUGCUCAACGUACGUUGUCAACGCUGCCAUGCUGCUUGGCCCCAUCCAAUCACGCUUGCCGGUCUGCAACGGCUCAUAUCGUACUCUACACCGCUCACACGUUCCUGGUUGCGAACAACAGCAUGACCAUGAGCCACCUCCAUCCGUGCACUCGUUGCAAUCUCGGCCGACGAACCAGCUUCGUAAGCGCGCCCACACAUCAUCGCACGUCGGUCACCCCAACUCCUUCUGA